UCUUAUUAAGAUUACUUCUUCGUGUGUGUAUUUAUAAAUGUGGCUUGGAUAUAUCAUUAGUUUAUAACUCAUGUAUCUUUGCAACUUAAGGUUGUGUUCUAUUUAAUUUAAAAGAUAUUGCAGUAAAGAUAAUUUAAUUUCUUACAAACUAAAUUAAAAUUAAAAAUGAAGCGUUCUAUAGUGAUGUGCACUGUGUUAUAUUUAGUGAUCAACAAUGCACUAGACGUCAAUUCCAUGCGUUUAAAGGAACCGAAUCGUCUAAAAAGAGAAGAUAUUUCGGGCGAAGGUGAUCCGACCGAGUGUGAGCAGAAUCCUGUGCCAGAACCAGGACAACGAAUUAGUGAACAAAAAUGUGAAGAAUACAAAGGGAUCAUAAACCGGAAUCGCUGUCAUUCUGGACAUAAAUAUGACGGCGCUAUAGCUGCAGAAUACCCCAACUUGGCUGCCAUCGGUUUUGAAGAUAAAAACGUAUGGAAAACCAGAUGUGGAGGCUCACUCAUCAGCUCCAAAUACGUGCUUGUUGCUGCCCAUUGCUUCUCUCCUGAAAGCGCCUCAAAUAAACCAUUGGUUAUCAGGUUUGGUGACAAAAAUCUUCUGGACGAAAAUGUUGUCGAAGCCAAAAUUAAGAGAACAUUUCUGCAUCCGGAAUUCACAGCAAGCAAAAAGUAUAAUGAUAUAGCUCUUUUAGAACUUGAAGAGGAAAUAACUUUCAAUGAAAACGUCUUUCCUGCCUGUCUUUGGAAGGAAGAGGAUGUUAGUUCUCUUGGCAAGUUUGCAAAUGUCACUGGAUGGAGUCAAGUCAAACCUGAUGAAGUCGAAACUACAGCACACCCGAAAAGAGCCUCAGUCAAAAUUGUAGACAAAGCGACCUGCGAAGAACGAUUGGCUCCAGUUUGUAGUGGCAAAUGCAGCAUCAAGGAAACCCAGAUUUGUACUGAAAACUUCUUCGCCGCUUUAGCUAAAACAGGUCAAUGGGAAGAAGGGAAUCAAUGCUGGGGCUACUCCGGUGACCCACUCCAAGUGCGGAUCUCGUCGUCCUCCUCAGGGUCAUUGAACUACGUGAUCGGCGUGAGCUCCUUCGGCGCCCGCUGUGCCAGCGACACCGUGCCUGAUGUCUACACUAAGGUGUCUAGCUACCUUAACUGGAUCGAGAGCAUCGUCUGGUCCUGAACAAAGAAAAAGAAGCAUUUUUAAUACGCUAGAAACAGUCGAGCAUCACCUUUAUCCAGAGGAAAAAUAAAAUUAAUGGAUUAAAGAUUUCUUCCUAUUUGAA